GAUUCAUUUUAAUGUAUGGAAUUUUUAUUACUAGAAAAAUCUAUACAGUAAAAUUACGAAAUAUUUGUUCAUUACAUAAUUUCUUUGUUCAUUCUAAAAUAUUCUAAAUAAAUGUCAAAGUCAAUUCACGGAUGAUCACAGUCAGUCGGUCGGUGUUGUUCGAUUUACUCGAAUAAUUCAAAAAGUGUCUUUUCACAUUUAAUCGAAGUGUAGAAUGCGCAGAUAUUCCAAAAUUGCGAUCUAGUUUCAUGGGUGAUAGUCAAAGAAUCCGGAGACCGGAAGAGAUGGCUACAACCAGCACGGCGGUUUCCACCGUCCCUGCUCAAUUGCAAGAGGAACCAGUGCAGCCAAUCGCAGUGAUUACACUGCGACCGACGCGUGCGCAGGAGAGGAAGAAGGUAGUCUGGACGGAGGACACCGUUGACAAUGAGAAUAUGAACAAGAAAAAGUCAAAAUGUUGCUGCAUUUACGAGAAACCUCGCAGGUUCGGCGAGUCUGACUCGGAGACGAGCGACGACGAGUGCGAACAUUGUUCAGGGCACGUCGAGAGGCGCCGGCACAAGCACCAUCAGCAGGCCUCCACCAGUGCCCAGGCGCAGUCAGCGACCACGACGACCACAGACGGCGUCGAACCCGCGACCACUGUGACGCUGAAGCCGGGCGAGCCGUCCGCGCCGCCCGACAACCCGGAGCAACCGGCGGCCUCCAGCUAAGUUGUUAUGACUAAAGAUCGGAAUAGGUAGAUUGAAUUGGAAUCAAUGAACUGAAACGUAUAUAUUAAUAUGGACAUGCCUCCGUCCGGGAUUGCUGGAUUUGUAAAUUAUUAAGAUUUUUUCCGAAAUUUUUACAAGUGGCAUGAAGAAUAUAUUAGUGGUAGCUGUUUUCCCCCGACUUCGUUCACGUAAAUUGUAGUCCUAUGUUACCCGCGGACAAUGUAAGUGUAAGAACUGAAAUGUAAUCCCGGAAAAGAGGCUUAUCCAUGUUAUGCUUUCUAUGGUAAUUCAUGAUGCAAGUACAUAAAAUCAAUCUACCUAUUCCGAUCUCUGAUUAUAACACUCAAGCAAUAACGUCUGUAUUGUACUGUGUGAAUUAUCAUCGCUAAUAUUGUAGAGUCUAUAGUAAUUUAUCUGUCUGUAUGUUUGUGCUAAUCUCGGUAAGUUGCGGACGGAUUUUGUUGCUGUUUGUGAUGUUGGAAAGAGGGUUUUCUGAGGUAGGUUUUAUAUCUAUUAAUGAUCUUACGAUCUAUCAUUAUAAAAAGGUAGUCUUCAAAAUUCCCACUUAUGUAUGUAUAAUUUUUUUCCUUAAUGUUGGCACUUAAGUACAGUCAACCGCAUAUCAAGUUACCCUGUUUGUGCAACAUUAUGACGCGCUAAUUGAAAGUAAAGGGGUUGGUACAGUGUUGACUGUACUAAAGUACUUUAGGAUAAGAUAACGGUCAUGAAAACAUUACGAUUUAAAAUUUACUUAAAUGUUAGUGUUAUCAUUCACUAUAGUGAAUUAAAAAAUGUACAUAGGAAUUUUUCGUCAAUUGUUGGUGCGUAUGUUUUUAAAUAUUGAAAAAAAAAUAUAUUUGUCAUAUUUUUUUUGUUUUUAGUUUGCUACCGCGACUUACGUGAACUUAGAAUAUUGCAAAAAAAUCUGCGUCCGUUUUAAAAAAAAUAUUUAUUGGCAUAAAACGUUCAAUUUUAUGGCGUCAAAGUGAAACAAAGCAACCUUUUUUUUUAUUAAUCUAUUACACUCACCGCAUUUAUAAUAAAACUUGAUGUUAUAAUCCCAUAGGGUAGUCGUACAUUAUGUUUGCAUGUUUAAUUUUAAGUAUUGACCCUGACUUGUUAUUGUGAAAUGUAUUAUACCUAAAUGCAUUUUAAGUAGAAUCUGGAUGUACCAUCAGAUCAAUCGUAGGUAUGUAGCGAUGGUUCGGAAUCGGCCGCCAUAUAUUGAAGAUAUUCCGAGGAUUUAAAUAUUCUUCAAUUCGUAGAAACUAUGCUGAUUGCACAAUUUAGCAUUUUUCUACAUUGUGGCUUAUGUCGACUUCACCACAGUUCAAAUUGAUGUGUAAAAAACUGACUCACACAAUCCAGGAUCCAUGGUCAAAGGCUUACCCCCGACUCCUCUCCAGAGUGGUGAGGAUGCAACCGGGACUAUAGCCAUGAUGAAGAAGUAAUAAACUAAAUCGCGAUAUCCAGAUUCUAUUGUAUGUUUAAACGCCAUUUACUUAAUUUUAUUUAAUUUUCCAUUACUAUGUUAAGUGAUUAAUAUGAAAUAAAUCCUAUUUUUAAGA